AUGGACGUUCGGUUCUACCCCUCCGCCCCCCCCGCCGUGGGCUCGCUGCCCGGCGCGGACCCCACUUGCCUCGGCCCGCUGGAUUAUUAUCACUGCAACAAGUUUGAUGGGGAGAACAUGUACAUGGGGAUGAACGACAACGCGCAGGACUUUCUAUCAGCCAAUCAGACGUACAGCAGUCAGAAUGAGAACAACGAGGACUACGAGAUCCCUCCCAUAACACCUCCCAACCUCCCCGACCCGUCCCUCCUGCACUUGGUGGACCACGAAGCUGGAUACCACUCUCUGUGCCACAGCCUCCCUCCGAACAGCCUGAUCCCAGCCUAUCCCUACCAGAACAUGGACCUGCCAGCCAUCAUGGUCUCCAACAUGUUGAGUCAGGAUGGACACCUCCUCUCCAGCCAGCUCCCCACGAUCCAGGAGAUGGUGCACUCAGACGCCGCGUCCUACGAGUCCAACCGCCAAGUCCCGCUCCUCAACCGGCCCAGCAUGCUGGGCGGUCCCAUGGGUGCCCUCAGCCAGUCCCAGCUCAUCUCCCAGAUGGGGAUCCGGAGUGGGGUCACCCACGGCUCCCCCUCUCCCCCAGGAAGCAAGUCUGCUACCCCAUCUCCCUCCAGUUCCACUCAGGAAGAGGAGACUGAGUCGCAUUACAAGGCUACUGGAGAGAAAAGACCCUCAACAGAUCUGGGCAAAAAGCCCAAAAGCCAAAAGAAGAAGAAAAAGAAGGACCCCAAUGAGCCCCAGAAGCCCGUGUCAGCCUAUGCCCUGUUUUUCAGAGACACACAAGCAGCCAUCAAAGGGCAAAACCCCAACGCCACCUUCGGGGACGUGUCAAAAAUCGUGGCAUCAAUGUGGGACAGUUUGGGAGAAGAACAAAAGCAAGCAUACAAGAGGAAAACAGAAGCUGCCAAGAAGGAGUAUCUGAAAGCCCUGGCUGCCUACCGGGCCAGCCUCGUCUCCAAGAGCUCUGCCGACCAGGGGGAGACAAAAAGCACCCAGAGCACCCCCCCUUCCAAGAUGAUCCCCCCCAAGCAGCCCAUGUACCCGAUGCCUCCGCAGGCUUCCUCGCCCUACCCCGGCCUGGGCUCCUUCCUGUCCCCCUCGGACCUGCAGAGCUACCGUGGCCACCCCCACGCCGGGCUGUCCCGGACCCUGCCCGCCAAGCCCCUGCUCCCCAGUAUCAGUGCCUCCCCCCCGCCCUCCUUCCAGAUCAGCCCCCCUCUCCACCAGCAGCUGUCCUUGCACCACCCGCAGAGCUCUCUGCUCAGCCAGCCCCUCAGCAUGCAGCAGGUCCCCCAGCAGCCCCUCCUGUCCCCCCCCAUGGCACUACAGGUACAGCCCCCCAUGAACGCCUCGCCUCCCGGACAGCAGGACUUCUCCCAUAUUUCGUCUGAGUUUCAGAACAGUGUUGGACCCCGUUCACCUGGUGCAUCAAACCCUGCAGGAAGCACUGAGUGGGACAACGAGUACCCCAGCAGAGAGUGUGGGGUCAACCACUGCAGCAUGCUGCCAAGGGACAAGGCACUCUACCUCACCUAA